AUGGAGAGUCAUCAAGGAUACUUAUGGGCAUUGAUAUUCAACAUUUUUGCCCUCUUACACCUCGUCCGUGCUCAGAGUACCGAAGGAUUUAUCAGCUUGGACUGCGGUUUACCCGCUAAAGAGUCUCCUUAUACCGAUCAAAAAACAGGAUUGGUAUUCUCAUCUGAUGCGGAGUUUAUCUCGAGUGGUCAAAGUGGUAAAGUCCGAAAAAAUUAUACAGGGGACUACAAGCCACAUAAUGUCUUAAGAUAUUUUCCUGACGGGGUGCGAAAUUGCUAUGAUAUAAGAGUGAAGCAAGGCACUAACUACCUUAUCAGAGCUGAGUUCGUUUAUGGAAAUUAUGAUGGCCUUAAUGUUAUGCCCAGAUUUUAUCUCUAUAUAGGGCCUAAUAUAUUCGCAGUAGUGGGAGAAUACGAUCGCUAUCCAGGGGAGGAGCUCAUUCAUAUGACAAAGUCAAACUCUUUGCAGAUUUGUCUUGUCAAAAAUGGAGCAACUAUACCUUUCAUAUCGAGCUUGGAGUUACGACCUCUGGCAAGUGAUUCUUAUAGUACACAAUCAGAUUCUUUGAAGCUCAUUUCACGAGGGAGUAUGGUGGAUGAAGGUCACACAAUACGGUAUCCUGAUGAUGUCUAUGAUCGUAAAUGGUCUUAUACUGAUCCUGAUACCCGUGUACAAAAAUUAGAGACAACUCUUACCGUGAAUUCUUCUAAUCCAUAUAAAAUACCACAGCCUGUCAUUAAACUGGGGUUUACAUUCAUAAACGAAAGUGAACCAGUACGGCUUUUACAUUUCAAUGAAGAUUUUGGUGACAACUACUAUUUUUAUCUUCACUUUGCUGAGAUAAAAACCCUAGAAGCAAGCGAUACCAGGGAAUUUACAAUUAUAUGGAAUGCAAACACCCCAAACCCGGUUUAUAGUCCUAAGAUGUUUCACUUAGAAACCAUAUUAAUUAAUGCAUCAACGAAGCAAUGCUAUCAAGGAGAGUGCGAAUUGCAGUUAGUGAGAACUCCGGAGUCAACUCUUCCACCAUUGAUUAACGCUUAUGAGGCGUUUAGGGCUGUGGUUGUUGCUAUCAAGAGUAUCCAAACCGCUUAUCAGCUGAAAGUAAUCAGUUGGCAAGGAGAUCCAUGUGUCCCUCAAGAGUUUAAGUGGGAUUAUGUGGAUUGCAGUUAUACUGAUAAGUCUACUCCCCCAAGAAUCAUUUCUCUGGACUUGUCCAAACGUGGGUUGAAAGGGAGUAUAGCGCCCGCGCUACAAAAUUUGACCCAGCUACAAAAACUGGACUUAUCAAGUAACAGUUUAUCUGGAGAAGUACCCGAGUUUCUUGCCAACAUGAAAUCAUUGUCAACCAUAAACUUGAGUGGGAACAAUCUUAAAGGUCUAAUUCCCCAAGCCCUUCUCGAUAAAGAAAAGAAUGGUCUGACGCUAAAUGUUCAAGGAAACCGAAAGCUUUGUUUCACUGAUAAAUGCAAAAAUAAAACUACUGUAAUUGUGAUUGUAUCGAUUGCUGCUGGGAUCCUUGUUGUAGCUAUGAUACUUCUCUAUUUUGCCAUAAAAAGGAAAAGGAUGUCAAAAGCAAUUAACAAAUCAGCGAUUUUACCCAAGCAAAGGAGGUUUACUCAUUCAGAAGUCGAAGUAAUGACAUAUAAGUUUAGAAAAAACAUUGGAGAAGGAGGGUUUGGAACUGUGUAUCAUGGUUUUCUGACAGAUAUGGAACAAGUAGCUGUGAAAGUGCUCUCACAAUCAUCAAUUCAAGGCUACAAGCAAUUUAAGGCAGAGGUUGAGCUGCUUUUGAGGGUUCACCACACAAAUCUGAUAAGCCUGGUUGGCUAUUGUGAUGAAGACGAUCACUUGGCUUUAAUCUAUGAGUAUGCAGCCAACGGGGACUUAAAACAAUAUCUUUCAGGAGAGUCGACAUCUGGUUCUUUAAACUGGGCAAGUAGACUUAAAAUCAUGACUGAGACUGCACAAGGAUUAGAAUACUUACAUAUUGGAAGUGAGCCUCGAAUGAUUCACAGAGAUGUUAAAACGACGAAUAUACUUCUAGAUGAGAAUUUUCAAGCGAAACUCGCUGAUUUUGGUCUCUCUAGAUCUUUUCCAAAUGGGGUUGAAACUCAUGUGUCAACAAAUGUUGCUGGUACUCCAGGAUAUCUUGACCCUGAAUAUUAUCGUACAAAUUGGCUAACUGAGAAGAGUGACGUAUACAGCUUGGGGAUUGUAUUGUUAGAGAUUAUCACAAACUGUCCUGUGAUACAGCAAACACGAGAAAAGCCUCACAUAGCAGAAUGGGUGGGGCUCAUGCUUACCAAGGGAGAUAUUGCAAGCAUUAUGGAUCCAAAUCUGAAGGGAGACUAUGACUCACGUUCUGUUUGGAGGGCUGUUGAGCUAGCUAUGUCAUGUGUGAACCCCUCUUCGGCUGCAAGACCAAAUAUGUCUCAGGUUAUUAGUGCACUUAAAGAGUGUAUAAUGUAUGAGAACUCAAAUAAAGGAGGAAGAUCAGACCUGGACUCAAAUAGUUCCCCUGAAUUAAGCUUCACAUGUGCUCCCGAAGUGACCCCCGAUGCACGGUAA